GGCUGGACGGGCUGAUGGAGCGCUGCGCCCAGUACAAGAAGGACGGGGCCGACUUCGCCAAGUGGCGUUGUGUCCUCAAGAUCUCCGAGCACACGCCCACGCGCCUGGCCGUGAUGGAGAACGCCAACGUCCUCGCCCGCUACGCCAGCAUCUGCCAGCAGAACGGCAUCGUCCCCAUUGUGGAGCCUGAGAUCCUCCCAGAUGGUGACCACGACCUGAAGCACUGCCAGUACGUGACUGAGAAGGUGCUGGCAGCUGUCUACAAGGCGCUGAGCGACCACCACGUCUACCUGGAGGGGACGCUGCUGAAGCCCAACAUGGUGACACCGGGCCAUGCCUGCACCAAGAAGUACAGCCCCGAGGAGAUCGCCAUGGCCACCGUCACCGCCCUGCGCCGCACCGUGCCCCCCGCCGUCCCCGGCAUCACGUUCCUGUCGGGAGGCCAGAGCGAGGAGGAGGCGUCCCUCAACCUCAACGCCAUCAAUCGCUGUCCCCUGGCACGGCCCUGGGCCCUGACCUUCUCCUACGGGCGGGCGCUGCAGGCCUCGGCGCUGCGGGCCUGGGCUGGCAAGAAGGACAACACCAAGGCGGCCCAGGAGGAGUACGUCAAGAGGGCCCUGGGAGGGGACAUGGAGAGGGACAAGGCCAAGGUGGCCCAAAUGGAGGACAUCAAGGAGGGUCUCGCGGGUCACCCAUGGGGACGUCGGGGGGAUGGAGGACAUCUUGGGUGUGGAGGGGACAUGGAGAGGGACAAGGCCAAGGUGGCCCAAAUGGAGGACAUCAAGGAGGGUCUCGCGGGUCACCCAUGGGGACGUCGGGGGGAUGGAGGACAUCUUGGGUGUGGAGGGGACAUGGAGAGGGACAAGGCCAAGGUGGCCCAAGAGGAGAGCGUCGAGCAGGUUCAGGUAGGUCACCCAUGGGGACCUCGGGGACAUGGGGAUGUUGGGGGGGCUGGGGACAGGGAGAGGGACACCAUGAAGCUGGUCCAGGUGGAGGACAUCGAGCAGGUUCUGGUGGGUCACCUGCGCGGGGACACGGGGGACGUUGAGGGCGGAGCACACCCAGGGUAUGGAGGGGACAUGGGGACACACGGGGACAAGGCCAAGGUGGCGGAUGUCACCUGUGGGGACAUGGGGGACGUGGGAACAGCAAGAGGGACACCACCAAGGCCACCCAGGAGGAGGACAUCGAGCAGGCCUGG